AACAAACCACCGUUAUCGCACGACUGCCUACCGUCUGACCUCCUACACGUAUAAUGCCAUCGUUGGCAUAGAGUGGAACAUCGCGCGACCACAAUUGACUGCGCAACAUGCCUGGAUCAUCGCGCCUCCCCGUCAGUCUCCGCGAGACUUUCAACGCGCGCACUCGCUCGGUUAGGGGCCAGCAGUUGGCGGCGCUGAACGUGGACUUGCUGCGGAACAUUGUUUUCCUGCUCUUCGUUCUACGAUGGACGCGCAAGCUCUUCUACCAGCUUAAAGGUCGUGGAAUCACCGGAUCCAUUGUCGACGUGUAUACCUCGACCCGCCGCACCCUCUAUGGCGUCUUCCUGCAACUCCCGGGCGUCCGCACAAAGGUCGCGACGCAGGUGGCCGAGUCGAUUCUGAAGCUUGAGCGCAAGCUGGUGCCUUCUGGCCCCGGCGUUGAGCGCAUCACAUCACUACCGGCUGAAGGAUGGAGCGAAGAGGAUGUACGGAAGAAGCUGGAUGAGCUUGCACAGAUGGAGCACACGAGGUGGGAGGACGGAAGAGUCAGCGGAGCGGUAUACCACGGUGGUGACGAGCUGAUGCGCCUGCAGACUGAGGCGUUUGGCAAGUUUACAGUUGCGAACCCGAUCCAUCCGGACGUGUUCCCCGGGGUGAGGAAGAUGGAGGCAGAGAUUGUGGCCAUGGUACUGUCGCUCUUCAAUGCGCCUGAGGGUGCCUGCGGAGUCACCACUAGCGGCGGCACAGAGUCCAUCCUCAUGGCAUGCCUGUCUGCACGCAACAAGGCAUAUCACGAGCGCAGCGUUACCGAGCCCGAGAUGAUCCUACCGGAGACGGCACACACGGCUUUCCGUAAAGCGUGUGAAUACUUCAAGAUCAAGAUGCACUUGGUAGCAUGCAAAGCGCCCUCAUACAAGGUCGACCUGCGUGCUGUCUCGCGCCUCAUCAACCCUAACACGAUUCUACUUGUCGGCUCUGCCCCUAACUUCCCCCACGGCAUCAUCGACGACAUCUCGGGACUCUCACGGCUGGCGCACAAGAAGAAGCUCCCGCUGCACGUCGACUGCUGCCUCGGCUCCUUCAUCAUCCCCAUGCUCCCCAAGGCCGGCUUCGACUUUGAGCCGUUCGACUUUAAGCUUAAAGGCGUAACCAGCAUCUCCUGCGACACGCACAAGUACGGCUUCGCACCCAAGGGCAACAGCACCGUCCUCUACCGCUCCGACGUCUACCGCAAGUACCAGUACUUCAUCAGCCCCGACUGGUCCGGCGGCGUUUACGCGUCUCCCUCGAUCGCGGGUUCCCGUCCCGGCGCCCUCAUCGCAGGGUGCUGGGCGUCCCUCGUCAAGCAAGGCCAAAACGGCUACAUCGACGCCUGCCACAAGAUCGUCGGCAGCAUGAAGCAAAUCGAGUCCGCGAUCCGCGAGCGCCCCGAGCUUUCCGCCGAUUUGAAGGUUAUCGGCCGCCCGCUCGUCUCCGUCGUCGCGUUCCUUAGCCCAACGCUCGACAUCUACGACAUCGCCGACGGUAUGAACGCAAAGGGCUGGCAUCUCAAUGCCUUGCAGUCUCCACCCGCCAUUCAUAUCGCUGUCACGCUGCCGAUUGUCGCGGUUGCGGAUAAGCUUGUGGCUGAUCUUGUCGAGGUGGUGGAGGGCGUGAAGGAUGAGGAGAGGAAGAGGAUUGCGGAGGGGAAGGGGGCGAAGGGUGCGGUCAAGGGGGAUACCGCGGCGUUGUAUGGGGUUGCGGGGAGUCUGCCGAAUAAGAGUGUGGUCGUAGAUCUGGCGAAGGGGUUUUUGGAUACGUUGUAUAAGGCGUAGGACUGGAGAAGGGGACGACGGCGUUUGAUAGCGUUUUGGUAUUGGUAUGGACAGGGUUAUGGAAUUAUAUUAUCAUGAG